AGCGAAGCACGCAGACAACACAUUUUCCCUAGUAAUCGGGCACAUUUGUCGCAUCGAGCUGGAAAACCACGCCUCUCCAUUCAUCGGUGUCCUCCGUGACAGACGAACAGGGCAUGGCAGAGAGUGGUAAUAGCAAAAGCUGGUGGCAGCGCAUGUCCUCACAACCAGCAGGUUUGAACUCUCGAGAUCGUCAGAAGAGCCUCGACGCCAGAUUUUCAGACCCCACCUUCUUGACUGACGAGCCCGGCUUCCCCUCAGCAAGCCAGUUGAAGCCAGGUCCCACAGACGCGCCAAAUGGCACAGCCGGGCCCAACGCGUCAGGAUUCCCCACCCUGUCAAAGCUAUUUGGCACCGGUGCCACUCCUGCUACUCCAAUCGCGCCCAACCCUGCAGGGCUGAGGCCCAUCAAGACACCCCACCUGGAGCCCAUUUCUCACCCUGAGCUUGCCUUCAGCCCCUCUGACAUCGGCGUGUGGGAAAUCAACAAAGCUCGCAAGGGACAGGGAGGCUUCUUCUCUUGAGGAUAAGCAAUAAGCAAUUUUGUACCAAGAAGGCUCAGCUACCCAACCAGGGAUACCAUGAUGCAUUGCACUACCUCAGAAGAGCCACCGCCGAGGAAGAAGCUUGCAGCAGGCACUGUGUCAAGAAGAAGUGACCGAGACAAUGGUUCCGUAUUAGAAAUUGUACAUUUAUUUGUGUGUGCUUACAAGUGUCAUGUCUGCUGCAACUCAAGUUGGUCGAGAGGUCUCCAGGAGAGGCCAGUUUUGUUGACUGACAUCUGUGUGUUGCUGGGAUGUACAUUUACAGAAUCCUGUUGAUGGACAAGUGUAGAGCAGUAAGGUUUUCUCAAGAUCUCUGUGUAUUACCAAGAUGCCAUCUGCAUUCGGCGUCUUUCAAAUCAGAAGCUACGGAGUGUUUUUCCUGCUGGCAGUCAGCUGGCCAACCAGUAUAUAUAUUUAUAUGUGUUGAGUGGGAUAUGAUCCUGGAAUAUGGGUUACAAGACAGCAUGCUGCUAUUUAUCCUGGAAUGCUUUAAAGAUGAAUAAACCAACCAAUUUGGUAAAGGUCCGGAAGC